UAACUUAGAGGCGUAUAGGGUUUGCCUUUCAUCUUCUCUUUUCGUCGUUGCUGUUGGGCUCCGUUGCUUUCGCAGGAGGUGUAGAGAUUGCAGGCGUCGCUUCUUCGGCUCCUUCGUGGCUGUUCGACUUCGCUCCUGCCGACUUCAACCCGGAUCGGAAGUUAUGGCAUUUUGAAUCCCGGGAUUUAACGCGCUCACAAAAACUGUUUGGCUGGAUUUAGCGUAAAUCCGACUUAAAUCCCGCUGUAAAUCCGAUACCAAACAGCCCCUGAAGCCCUCUCCUUUGCUUCCGUUCUGCUGCUACGCAAUUCACCGAACCCUCGACGGCAAAGUGAGGAAGUAGCGACCGGAGCUGGCCGGAGAAUUCAUUGACGGGACCAACUGCGUAGGAAGGAGAAGUUGAGUUCGUUUGCCACUGAUUUAACUCAAAUCAUACAAAUCCCAGGGGAGAAACGGGAUCGGACAUUCUGUUUGGCAGGGUCCAUCGUGAUCUUCUUCACGGUCUUCACGGUCCAAGGGCUUGUCAUCAGAAAUGGCAGCCACAACCGUUACUAACAUCCUUUCUCCGGAAUCCCUCUCUGCCUCCGGCAAGGUGGCGGAAAGGCUGAGCCUGCCGCUGCUUCAAUCAAGGAUGAAGCUAGACCCAGAAGGAUACGAGGCGGAGUUGGUUCUUAUCUAUCGCCAUUUCGAAUCCACCCUUCAUCUCUUUCAACAACAAUCUGCCCUCAGCCCAUCUUCGGAUCCAGUGCUCUCCAAAGAUCUAGGUGAUCUUGCGAUGUUUCUUGCGCAUAUGAUCCCCUUCUAUCCUCUUCGCCUAGUCAAAUUCCCUCUCCAAGUUUCUGGUAUCCUUCGAACCGAUGCACGAGCGCUUCCCUCUUCCCUCUGUUGUCAUCUGGUGCAAGCCAUCAUCAUUCUUGUCAAUAAAAAGAUCAUCGGCUUAGAGGUACUUCUAGAGUUGUUCAUGGACCUCCAAAUCAUUGGUGAUCGAACUCUACGAAAACUAGCCUUUUCACAUGUUGUUCAUAGCAUUCGGCGCUUGAAUAAAAAUCAUAGAAACGAGGCACAAAAUCAGAAAUUGCAGAAUGUUCUUUUCAAGCAACUGCAGGGAGAUGAAGAACUACGAGCAAGGAGAUCACUUGUUGUUCUUUGUGAUCUUCAUCGAAGAAAAGUGUGGUUUGAUGAGCGCACAGUUAAUGCCAUAUGCAAUGCAUGCUUUCACAGUUCUUCUAGGGUUAUGGUAGCUGCUCUUUCUUUCCUUCUUGGUUUUGAACACAUUGAAGAUGACGCUGACGAUAGUGACAUCUCAAGUGGUGAUGACGAUGAAAUUAGUCAAAAUCCACAAGUUGUUCUUAGCAGGGAGGAUGUUUAUAAGGCAAAACACAAGGGCACUGCUUCUAGCAAGAGAAAAAAGAAGGCAAAAUUGCAACGUGUUAUUCGUAGUAUGAAACGACAGCAACGUCGAUCAUCAGAAAAGAGUGGCUCAUAUUCCUAUUCACCUCUUGUUCAUCUAAAAGACGCACAGGGUUUUACCGAGAAACUGUUCUCUCGUCUUCAUACGUGUAGUGAGAAAUUUGAGGUGAGGAUGAUGAUGCUGAAAGUAAUUGCAAGAACUAUUGGAUUGCACUGCCUAAUCUUGUUAAACUUUUAUUCGUUCCUUCAAAGAUAUGUUCAGCCUCAUCAGCGUGAUGUGACAAAUUUACUUGCUGCAGGAAUACAGGCAUGCCAUGAUAAGGUACCUCCUGAUGCAGUGGAACCACUGUUUAAACAAAUUGUUAAUCAAUUUGUGCACGAUCGAUCACGUCCUGAGGCAAUCGCCGUUGGAUUAAAUGUAGUAAGAGAAAUGUGCCUUAGAAUGCCUCUGUUGAUGAAUGAAGACUUGCUUCAAGACUUGGCCUUAUACAAGAAGUCUCAUGAGAAAGAGUUGGACAGUAAUGACGAAGGGUCAGAGAAUGAUGACUUGGCUGAUGCCAGUGAUUAUGAAGAAAUAGAUGAACUAAAAGCACAGCAGACAUCUGCUGAUGAGUAUGAUGAAGAUAUUGAAGAUGAUAGUGGUAAUGAUGUUGAAAACAGCGAUGUUGAAAAAGUGGAAGAUGAGCCAAGGAAAAAGAAGAGGAAGCUAGAAGAUCGUGUUGGAAAUUUGAAUGCAGCAGAUGCAAGCCUACGAGCUCUGAAAAGACUAGCAGGAAUCAAGACUGCUAAAGUUUCAACUGACGAAGCUGACGGCUUUCUUUCUAAUGAAGAUUUCCAACGUAUUAAAAAACUGAAGGCAAAUAAAGAAGCAAAGCAGGCAUUAUCUCAACAUGGCCUUUUAGGAAAGGAUGCUAAAUCUACAUCAACAACUUUCAAAAUCCCAUCUUCUGAGCAGCUCAGCACAAAACGUUUGGAUCCCGCUAAAUUAGAAGCACACAUCAGGAGUAAGCUUAGCAAGGAGGAAAGAUUAGCCCUGGUUAGAGCAGGCAAAGAAGACAGAGGACAGUACCAGGCCAGAGCUGCCGUGAAACAGAAAAAGACCGGCGGCCUCAGCAACCGGCAGAAACAGCACAAGAAGGCCAUGCCUCUGGCUGCCAAAAGAGAUAGAGCAGCUCGUUCUCGGCAAGAGAAAAAGCAGCGGCAAAAGCGUUCAGGGAAGCAGUUCAAGGGAAGGAAAGCUUGGAAGUGAGGCUUUACAGAUCCUCCAUUUGUUUAUUUUCUCAACUUCUCAACACCUUCAGGAAGAGCUUAAGUUAAUUGAUUGGAUAAAAGAAGAGAAGGAAAAGAGAGGAAAAUUUUGUUAUCUUGGAUCAUCAUAAUAAUUAAAACUAUUUUAUUUUUUAAUUUUAUUGUGCCCAUUGGUGAGACAUUUAGAAAAUAAUUUUGGGUCAGAUGUUUGGUCAUUUUUUUUUGUUAGUGUGGAUCUUAAAAGCCGUUGUAUUGAGAAUUAAUUUAUAUUUAAAAAUUAGUUUAUAUUUGAAAAUGCAAUUUAAAUUUUUU